AUGGCGUAUAACAAAGCCUUCAACCCUGAUGCCUUGCCUGCCCACGCAGAGCCUGAGCAGGCUGCACAAGCACUCAGCCAGCUCGAAGCCAAUCGCCAACACGGUCGUCCCAGUCCUAACCAACCGCCCUCGGGUCCGAACGCUGCUGCUGGCUGGCGCCCAUCACCUGCGCCCAUUCCGCAAAACUCCUACCGACCGAGUCGCAUUCAGACAAUCCCCAAUCAACGGCCUGCCCCAAACCAACAAUACCUCGACUCGCACUACAGUCGCUUGCAAUCACCGCCUCCUACGAGCUAUGGCUACGGGCAUCAUCCUCAGGGAGACCCAGCUGGGAUGCGACGGCCUUCAAACGAGGCCAGCCAAUAUGGGGGACGGACGCCCGCGCCUCCAGACGCAGUAGCGAACGACCUACAGUCUUUGUUCCGUGCUGCAAAUAUAUCAGGUACCGGGUCGUUGACCACGACUGAGCUUGGCUCGGCCUUGGUGAACGCCGACUUCACCCCUUUUGACACCCGGACGAUCACUUCGUUAAUGACCAUGUUCAGCAACUCGCCUCCGAAGCAGCCACAAGGUCCUACUAUAACUUUCCCCGAGUUUGAAAACCUGUGGCGGUUCCUUGCUGCCUGGCGCACUCUGUUUGAGAGAUUUGACGAGGACGGGAGUGGGAGCAUAUCGCUAGCCGAAUACUCAAACGCCAUGACAGCCUUUGGAUAUCGACUGUCUCCGCCUUUCGUCAACACUUUAUACAAUGCAUACAAUGAUCGAAAUGUGGCCCAGGGUCGGGGUAUGAGCUUCGAUCUCUUCGUACAAUCAUGCAUCAGUCUGAAGAGGAUGACUGAUGUCUUUAAGAAAUACGACGACGACAGGGACGGGUAUGUGACCAUGAGCUUCGAAGAAUUUUUGACCGAGAUUUUGCGGUUACGGGAUUAG